GAGAGGGAGACACGGGCAGGCUCGGGUCCGGGUGCUGUCUGUGUUCAGACGGCCGCAGGGAGACCACCGCACCACUCACCGUCUCCUUUAGGGCGACGGCGAGCAGAGAAAAGAGAGAGACAGCGAGCGAAAACGAGAGGCCGGAUAAACACCGCUGGAAAACAACUGGCCUGACUUGCAUCUGGAAACGAAGCUAAGAAGGGGACCCCACUUCCGACAUCUCCCCUCUCUAUCGCUCAGCGCACCCUUUCUCACUCCCUCGAGGACGACCACCCAACUGAACCCCCCCCUCUCCUCACUUGACUAGCGUUGCCAAUAAGCGAUGCACCUUGAAACCGAGAAUAAAUCGUGAUUUUGAUACAUUUAGCAACCAGACGUCAGAAUAGUCUUGUCAUUUCUGUCAUUAUCAAAACUACGGAUAGUAUUUGAUCGUUUACAUUUGAAACGGGUUUCUGAAUGCGAGAAAUAAUAUUUUUUCCCUGCUGGAAACAAACAUCUUUUUUAAUUCGUUAUCUGUCUGAGGAGGAAUCGUCGCUGCGAUUCGUCUGAGUCUCCCUUGUGCAUGCACUCUUGUUUCUUUUUAAGUUCUGUAGUAGAAUUUAUUUCGACAAUGGUCAAACAGACUGCUCGAGACCUAAUUUAAAACAACCUGUCCGUGUUUGCGACAUUUCCCCCCUCUAACCUCGAAGGUUACGGACUUUUCAAAACACAGAAAAGGACCUAGUUUGCAGGGUGGUUUACCACAGAAGGAAUUCGCACAGAGACUGAACGGAAAGUUUACCCCCAAGAAGGAAAAAAAAGUAGAGGACACCUCGGCCACAUUCACGGUGGGCGGGCCCGCGCCUGGGCCUUGUGCUGCAGCCAUGCUGUCGCUGGACGAGCCGCUGGACCUGAAGCUCCCCCGGGGGCGGGGCGGGGGACGGGAGCGGGUGAUCAGGACGCCCUCCCCGCUGCACGCCAAACGCGCCGGGCAGCUGCGCAUGGCAGACGACGGGACCGCCGUCAUCGUCCCCGCCUCCCCGGCCUCCGCGCACACAGGCGUACCUGUGCUCCCCCAGGAGAAACCAGAGCCUCGCACCCCCCCGGCCAUCGACCUCAGCAUGUCCCCCUCCUCCCGCCACGCCCCCUCCCCCCCAGAACAUCUCAACGGGAACGGGGUGACCCACCUCCUCUCAGGGGACGGCACUCACAUCCGUUACGUGGAGGGCGGGGCCUCCUCGCAGGCCUUUCAGUUCUUCCUGCCAAUCGGAGCAGGGGGUGGGCUCCACCUGCCACCCUCCAUGUUCAUUGGCCAGCCCAAGGAGAAGCGGGCGUCGCCCGAGCUGUCGGCGGACGAGCAGCUGGCCUGUCACUGGAGGAAGUGCCACCAGCUGUUCGACUCGCUCCAGGACCUGGUGGACCACGUCAACGACUUCCACGUGAAGCCUGAAAAGGAUUCUGGGUACUGCUGCCACUGGGAGGGGUGUGCACGGAAAGGGCGGGGCUUCAACGCCAGGUAUAAGAUGCUGAUCCACAUCCGCACUCACACCAAUGAGAAACCCCACCGCUGCCCCACCUGCAACAAGAGCUUCUCCCGCCUGGAGAACCUGAAGAUACACAACCGCUCACACACAGGAGAGAAGCCGUACAUCUGCCCGUACGAGGGCUGCAGCAAGCGCUACUCCAACUCCAGCGACCGCUUCAAGCACACGCGCACGCACUACGUGGACAAGCCGUACUACUGCAAGAUGGCGGGCUGCCUGAAGCGCUACACGGACCCCAGCUCCCUGCGCAAACACAUCAAGGCCCACGGCCACUUCGUGGCACAGGACCCGGCCCCCGCCAAGCCGCCGCACGGCAAGGAGGAGCUGCCCUACGUCAGCGGGGCCCACAUCAUCAUCCCGGGGGGGGCCGCGGUCCUGGGGGGCCACACCCUGCCGCUCUCGCCCCUGUCGCCCCUCAGCCCGCGGCCGCUGGACCUGAGCGCGUUCGGAGGGGGCCCGCUGGGUCUGGGGCCGGGGUUCCACUCCGCGCUGGGCAUGCCCAUGGUGUCCCUGCUGGGGUCCGAGCGUCGGGGGGCCAGGGGCGAGGGGCGCGGCGCGGAGGACGGGCUCCUGGGGGGUCUCCCGGGGGCCGUGCUCAACCUGUCGGCCGGGGCGGGGCACGACCCCAUGUCCCCCGGCUGGGUGGUGAUCCCCCCGGGGUCCCUCCUGCUCAAGCCCGCCGUGGUCAACUGA